GUCGCGCACAUCGAUUUUGCACCGAGAGAGUCGCAAGUUUUAGUUUAAGAGAGCGGCUCUUCUCUCGUGUGUUGUUGCACAUCUGACCUUAAGUACCUACUUACCUACUGAUACAACAAGGAACUGGUCUUUUGAGUUUUAUUGGUGUACUGAGGACUAAAGUGGGAAGCAGAAAUGAUAAUGGUGACUACUGCCAAAGGAAGCAACGUCUCUGAACCAGACCUGCUGAAGAAUGGUCAGGACAAGUGAUCGUCUUGAUUUGUUCGACUGCUCAAAAGUGCCAUGAAUUGACAGCGAUGCCAUUGUGAUAAAGAGGACCGAUUUUCAUAAAUCUCGAUUGGUUGGUGAGAAGGUUCUCGGGGUGCCUUAGCUUGAAUAUAGUCAUUCAGCAGCGCGUACAAAUGAGGAGAGUGACGACUUGACAGAGGAUCGUGUCGUACAGCAUCGUAACAGAUCACAACCUCCUGAAGCCGUGAAAAAAAGUAUAAGGACAGUAGCAGCCGAGCCCAAAACAACAAACACACCGGAGUUGGUGAUGCGGGGAUGUGGAUCUGUUGCGGCCAUCUGAGGAGCCGAGACGCCGGCAGUGCUGCUAUUUUCGGUGGUGCUGGCUCGCACGGUUACGCUCGCCAACUCAGUUCCCUGAUUCUGUUCGCCUUGCUAUGCUGCUGCUUCCAGAGCACGGCAAUCGUUGCCGAGGUCGCUCCCCAGCCAACAACGCCGGCGACUGUAGAGUGCAAAAAUACCACGCGAGCAGGUAGCGAUGCCGAUUCCCGGUUAUUGGGUAUCGGCCAGUCAACGUCGUCGUCGUCGUCGGUCGAGCUCAACUUGCCACUAGUGCCUCCAGCCUUUCUCAACGGAGCUCUCACUUGCCAGCCUUAUCAGGACAUCAAGGUGAACCACUUGUACUUCCAAUUGGCCAAUGGUUUCUUCCUACUGGCCCACCUGGCACCGGCGAGCGGCCUCCACGGUGUACUCUAUUUGCGCUGCACCCUCCUCAUAGGCUGUGCCUUCCUCGCGCUCUGGGCCUGGACAGUUGUCUGCUGGUUGGACGCCGUCCUCUGGAACGUUCUGUUUAUCGGCAUCGGUUUCAUACACAUCUGCGUGCUUCUCUAUCGGCUCAGGCCUAUUCGUUUUUCCAAGGAGAUCGAGGAGGUGUACGUCGCUGUCUUUCAACCGCUUCGGGUGUCCCGGCAACAAUUCAAAAAAGUCCUGAGCUGCAUGAAGACCAUCAGACCCCUCAAGUAUCAAGAGGUUUACGCUCAGGAGAAAGUCACCAAAGUUGAUUCGCUUUCUUUGGUGCUCUCGGGGAAGUUGGUAGUGUCACAAAAUGGCAAGGCACUCCACAUAGUUUUUCCACAUCAAUUCUUAGACUCGCCAGAGUGGUUUGGUGUUUCCACAGAUGAGUUUAUUCAAGUUUCAAUCACUGCUAUGGAGGAAUCGAGGAUUUUAUUGUGGCAUCGUGACAAGCUAAAACUUAGCAUAAUAACCGACCAGUUUCUCCAAGCGGUCUUUGAUCAUAUUCUUGGCAGAGACGUGGUGAAAAAACUCAUGCAGGUAACCCAGGUGAGCGAAACGAUGGCGGCGAGUGCUCACCAGCAACAGAACGGCCAGGUGAUUGGGCUGAGUGGUAUGACGAGCCAGGAUCACGACCUCGACGUGAAGAUGUUUGUUGUAAAAAAAACCAACGACAGCCAAGGCAUAACGGCGCUAAUUAGCCGUCAGCUGCAAGGUUUACCUAGGAUUAAAUAUUAUUACUGUGCUGCGGGAGAUCCAAAUGCUUGGCGCUUGGGGAGGAUCGAAGAGACUGAUCACGAAACGCCUGUUUGAGGCUUGGAAAAAAAAAAAAAAAAAAAAAAAACAACUUAAUCAACCCACGUUCUCCCUGCUCCCUCCUACGCAUAUACAUUUAGGAGAAAAUAAUAAUAGGUACCUGUUUGUACAUCGUGUGAAUCAUAUAGAGGAGACAAAAAAGAAUAUAUAUAUAAGUAAGUGACAUGUAUUAUAUUCUUAACGAGUCAAUAAUUCAAAAGUCGUUGGAAGCAAAAAUUGUGCGAUUAAGUACUACAUCCACAGUACUAAAAAAAUCAAAGGAACAAAAACUCACGCAUGCAUGAUCGUUGCGCAAUUGGGGACCGAUACCUAUGAUGUUCACUCGAGACGAUGAAGUGGAGCUUCGCCGUAGAACAAAAAAUAUCGCAAUAUUAAGCUGCGUACCGAACAAUCGUUCACUUCGAAUAUACGUACCAGCUGUCAAUCGGCAUCGUUUGAAUGUUUCGAUCGAGUCUCGUUUUGUUAUACUUCCACUCCUACCCUUUGCGCUGCACGCGCGAAUAACGUAUACGAGACAAGACAAUAAUUUUUUUUUUUUUUUCUGUAAUCAACACUCCGACCAAUUCGUUCUUUGUUUCAAGACGAAUUUAAUUCUAUUUUUAUAAUUAGACGUGCAUGUAGAAAAAACUAAUGUUUCGAAACACCUUGUUUUUCGACAUUUCAAUGUAGGAUCGAAACAGCGUGAACAAUUUUAGCUACGACUUGUUAUAUUCUUAUGUGAACGACAAACACGUCAAAUGACCGGUUGAACUGUUCAAACGAUGUUCAUUUCAACUGAGCGACUAUUAUAAACUAAACUCAUAAUUCUACACAGUUAUUAACGGAAAAAACGAGUGUGGCGAGAGUGCGAGAAGGAAACUUUUCCCUCGAUAUUACCGAUCGUAUGUGUGUGAUACAUUGUUAAAUACGCGGAUUCGCUCAGUACGUGACGAUUUCGCAAUUGUACUAUUAUCACUAUUAUUAAAUGAUAAUUAUUAGUUAUUACGGAAAAAAAAAAAAAAAAUGAUAACUGCGAAAAUUGUUUGUUAUGUCGAAACAGAUAGAGUUUAUCACGUUUGAGGGUUGUCGUAAAUGAUGUACCAGUAUAUCUAUAACAUGUCUUGUUUUUUAAUCUUUAAAAAGUUGUCUAUUUUACAAGUAGCACGAUAAAAGUGUUUCGACACGCUGGAAAUGGUGCUUCGAACCUCGUCAUGGCUAAGUUACGAAAUGCCAAAUGCUUCAUUAUUUGUCAUCAUAAAUCGCGAUAUCGUGUAAAACAAAAGACUAUCGUCAUUGACAACAAAUUUUUACCUAAAUAUUUUUCCAACCAACUUUUGGUCCCGAUAAUCGAAACAUACGAUGACGUUCAUCCAAUACAAUGAAAACAUUUCGUUUUUACAAAUGACUCACUAGAUUUGUUACAAAAUUUACAUUACAUUUUUCUCGCAAUGAUAAAAAAAUAGUCGUUUUGAAAAACGCUAUACGAAAAAUUGCCAAGUCCACACAAAAUUAGCUUAUUGUCAUUCUCAACACUUGGACAACAAUAAUAAUUGAAUACGUAAUUCAUACAUCCGACAAAGAUAAAACUAACGAAUUGUUAUUUGUAAUCACUAAAAAAACGUAAAAUUGGUACGAGCUGAUACCAAACAUGAACAUCGUGAAGAGAGAAAAAUUUAGUGAAGCCAUGAAGGCUCGUUCGUGCAAUUGUGUUCAGCCACUCGAUGGAAGUUAAUGUAGACGCUUGCAAUAUUUUUUGUGCAGACCUACUGUUUCGAACAUUACUUGAGUACAUUGAUUUGUUGUUUUACAACCUUCACGUUUACGUGAUGCUAUAGGAAAAACACGAGGACAUUAAUUAUCAGACAAAUGUUUUUUGUACAACUGAAUGCCUUUAUUCAUUUAGCUUUGAAGUUUUUUUUUUCUCACUGCCUCUCGAAGAAAAUUCGCAUUCGCACACUUUUAUCGAUUAUCAAAAAAAAACAAUCUGACUUUUUGGAUGAUCAAAGCAUAGAUGUUUGGUUGGAUUUUUUUUCCACGGAAUUUAAUAAUAUCAUUCUAUGCGUGCUGUUAUACUGCAUCAGAAAUUUGUUUUUAUAGUAAGGAUAAAUGAUUCUCAAACAUCACGACCAGAUAUUCGUUUGCUUAUUUGUUUUGAUCAGAUAAGUGCUUUGUAACAAUAA